CCGCCUCCACCGCCGCUGCUGGCUUCCUCGUCGGGCUCCGCCGCCGCCGCCGGCUCGGUCCUCGCCACACCAUGGCUUUCGUCACCAGGCAGUUCGUGCGCUCCGUCUCCUCCUCGUCUUCCGCGUCGGCCUCGGUGAAGAAGAUCAUGGUCAAGCACGUGACGGUCAUCGGCGGCGGGCUGAUGGGCGCCGGCAUCGCGCAGGUUGCAGCAGCAACUGGCCACACAGUUGUGUUGGUGGACCAAACAGAGGACAUCCUGGAAAAAUCCAAAAAGGGAAUUGAGAACAGCCUGAGGAAGGUGGCAAAGAAGAAGUUUGCAGAAAACCUUAAGGCCAGCGAUGAGUUUGUGGAGAAGACCAUGAGCAGCAUAUCCAUCAGCACAGACGCUGCAUCUGUGGUCCACAGCACGGAUCUGGUGGUGGAGGCCAUUGUGGAGAAUCUGAAAGUGAAGCAGGAGCUCUUCCAGAGGCUGGACAAGUUCGCUGCUGAACACACCAUCUUUGCCAGCAACACUUCUUCUUUGCAGAUCACAAGCAUAGCCAAUGCCACCACCAGACAGGAUCGAUUCGCAGGCCUGCACUUCUUCAACCCAGUGCCCCUGAUGAAGCUCGUGGAGGUUAUUAAAACCCCGAUGACCAGCCAGAAGACAUUUGAAUCUCUGAUGGACUUCAGCAAAACCUUGGGAAAGCAUCCUGUUUCUUGCAAGGACACACCUGGGUUUAUUGUGAACCGCCUCCUGGUGCCAUAUCUCCUGGAAGCGGUCAGGCUGCACGAGCGAGGGGAAGCAUCUAAGGAGGACAUUGACACGGCGAUGAAGCUGGGAGCUGGGUACCCCAUGGGUCCAUUUGAGCUUCUUGACUAUGUGGGGCUGGAUACCACGAAGUUCAUUUUGGAUGGAUGGCAUGAAAUGGAUGCAAAGAACCCCCUGUUUCAGCCUAGCUCGUCCCUGAAUAAGCUGGUAGCGGAGAAGAAGCUGGGCAAGAAGACUGGAGAAGGGUAUUACAAAUACAAGUGACCCCAGCCUCUGUGCUUCUAUCAAGACCUCCGAGGGCUGGGGAACUCCCGGGUGCUCAGGCCCACCCGCCCACAGGGCAGGAGCUCUGCUCAGCCAGUGCCUUGCAGCAGAAGCUGCUCAGUGUGCAUCUCAAUGUAGUCUGUCUGAAGUAAUUGUCUCACUAGUUGCAGUAAUAACAGAUUCCUCUACUGAGAACUAACUCCCUUUUUCAGUAUAUUUUCUUUCUGGAUUUUCUAUAAAGCUGGCUGUACCUUGGUGCCUUGCAACAAACACUUUUUGAAUCUUGCUGUUUACUUAGCUCCUUGCCUCCCUUUGAGGGGAGAGAGCCUGCUGUGUUGAGGAGUCGUACACAUCAUUGCACCUCCCUGGUGCCUCAGGGCAGUGGCCAGCAGUGCCCGAGUCUCGCUUUUCUCAGAACAGUUUGCCACCUGUACCUUUCAGCCUUUCCAUACGUUCUGGGUGAGACACAAGAUGUCGUGUCUUUAUUCAGCUCAUCAUGGAGACAGCAGUUGGAUGGGUGGGAAAGCAUCUGUGCACCUGGUCUGCAGGAAGGUGUCUUCAUGGAACUUCAGAGCCACGAGUCUUACUCUUACGUUUCUCCUUCUCUAUGGGAAAUCAGUGCUGCCGUCUGCCCUAGGAGUUGAUUCUACUAAACACAGUCUUUUAAUCUGUGAAAAUUUGAAUGGAAAUAAACAUGGGUAAUUGAAAAUUA